CCGCACUGACGUCACGCGCGGAGUCCCUGUUAAAAGACCCGCCGCCUCCCCCAGUUCCUCGCGGUACUGCAGCGGCAAUUGGCGGGGCUUCGCUUAGACGACCAGUUACAAGAUGUCUCUCAAAGAAAAGCUGAUUGAACAUGUCUAUAAAGAAGAACAUCCACAUGCCCACAACAAAAUCACUGUGGUUGGGGUUGGUGCAGUUGGCAUGGCUUGUGCCAUAAGUAUUUUGAUGAAGGAUUUGGCUGAUGAACUUGCUCUUGUUGAUGUUGUGGAGGACAAGCUGAAGGGAGAGAUGCUGGAUCUUCAGCAUGGCAGCCUCUUUCUCCGAACACCAAAGAUUGUCUCUGGCAAAGACUAUGCCGUGACUGCACACUCUAAAUUGGUCAUCAUCACUGCUGGCGCUCGUCAACAAGAAGGCGAGUCUCGUCUUAACCUGGUUCAGCGCAAUGUGAAUAUCUUCAAAUUCAUCAUUCCCAAUAUUGUCAAGUACAGCCCUGACUGCAAGCUGCUUGUUGUUUCCAAUCCAGUGGAUAUUCUGACCUAUGUAGCAUGGAAAAUCAGUGGCUUUCCUAAGCACCGUGUUAUCGGAAGUGGCUGUAAUCUGGACUCUGCCCGUUUCCGCCAUCUGAUGGGUGAGAGGCUGGGUAUCCAUCCUCUUAGUUGCCACAGCUGGAUUAUUGGAGAGCACGGAGAUUCCAGUGUCCCUGUCUGGAGUGGUGUGAAUGUUGCUGGUGUCUGCCUCAAAGAGUUGCAUCCUGAGUUAGGUACUGAUGGGGACAAGGAGAACUGGAAAGAAGUCCACAAGCAGGUGGUAGACAGUGCUUAUGAGGUGAUCAAGCUGAAGGGAUACACAUCAUGGGCAAUUGGCCUCUCUGUGGCUGAUCUGGCUGAAACCAUCAUGAAGAAUUUAAGGAGAGUACAUCCAGUUUCUACAAUGGUGAAGGGUAUGCAUGGAAUUAAAGACGAUGUCUUCCUAAGUGUCCCUUGCGUUCUGGGCUCUUCAGGCAUUACAGAUGUGAUAAAAAUGACUCUGAAGAGUGAAGAAGAAGAUAAAUUGAAGAAGAGUGCCGAUACACUGUGGGGAAUCCAGAAGGAGCUUCAAUUUUAAGUCUGUCUUUGCUGCCGACUAAAGUGUAACAAGUUUUAGUUGAUUGUUAUUUGCACUUUUCAAAUAGGUCAGUUCCUUUCCUUUACAGUAUGUAUCUGAAGCAUCAACAGUUAAAUUACAACAAAAUGCCUGUUCCUCAUUUAGUAACAGAAGCUGCAAGUUUCCUAUCUUGAUCUGUGAACAGAAUAGGAAUAUAAUGUAGUCUUACAAAGAGGCAUACAGUAGAUCUAGCAUGUACUUAAAACACUACUAAAUGAAAUUCUCCUGCUUUUCCUCAGUUAAUGUCAGAUCAGAAAAUGCUGUAGGUUACUUGGUUUUCCAAAAACUUUGCUAUCAAAAAUACACUGACCAAUAUUUUCUGCUGACAGAUGACUUAAAUUUUCACCACUGAGCAACUCUAAAUGAUUUUUUCCUGACCGCUGCUUCAAGUCUUUGUGCAUAUUUUUUCAAGAGAACCCUGUGUACUCCUGUGAAAGCUGUGUAUGCAACAACUAUAAUUGAUGCAGUUGUCUAACUGUAGUACCAGCCAAAAAGAGCAAAAUAAACAUCAAUUACUUUU